UCAUGUGAAGGAAAUGUUUUCAGUCGAAUGGAUGUGAAGUCGGAGUCUGUCUUUUUUCUCGUGACUUUAUGCAGAGAAAUAACGGUUCCGAUUUCUGAGAGAUAUUAUUGAACUAAUAUUUCUACCACAAACUCUGCAAACGAGUGUCCACAAUGAAUCAGGAAACAUCUGUCUCAUCCUCCCUCCAACCCUCCUCCCCCUUACCCCUCCCAGAGUCCCUGGGUCGUACCUCUCCCGGUAGCCCCUUACUGCUGGGUCUGAAGAGGGUGUCUGUGCGGCUGGUCGACUGCAGGAAAUCACUGGAGAUAAGGGACAGUCCUAACCGUCACUCUCUCAGUAGAAGCUUGUCAUCUUGGAAGGCUAAACAACAUCUUGAUGCUGAGGAGGCAGAGAAAAGUCUCCCCAGAUCAGAACACCUCAAGAAACAACAGCAGAGACCCACAAGGAAGAAAUCUCACUGCUGCUCUGACUGUGGUAAGAGUUACACCUCUUCAGCAGACCUUAAAAGACACCAGAGAAUUCAUACUGGAGAUAAACCUUAUAGCUGUGAUCAAUGUGGGAAGAGAUUCAUUCAGAGAUUAAAUCUGAAGGCACACCAGAUCAUACACUCAGUAGAAAAACCUCACUGCUGCUCCCAGUGCGGAGCGAGCCUCUGCUCUGCCAGUGCACUGGAAGGACACAUGCGUAUCCACACUGGAGAAAAACCGUACCAGUGCUCAGAAUGUGGGCAGAGAUUUAGAUACUCCAGUGGGUUACGGAUACAUGAGAGAAUAAAACACACUGGUGAAAAACCCCACUGCUGCUCUGACUGCGGGAAGAGAUUUGUUACUUCACAAAGCUUAAAAGCUCACCAGCGGACUCACAGUGGAGAGAGACCGUUCCACUGCUCUGAGUGUGGGAAGAGUUUCAAAGAAGCCUCAACACUGUUUGAACACAAACGAAUACACACAGGAGAGAAGCCUCACCACUGUGAGCAGUGCGGGGGAAGCUUUUCCUCUGCUAAGUCACUCAGAAUACAUCAGAGGAUUCACACAGAGGAGAAACCUUACCAAUGCACUGACUGUGGGAAAAGCUUUCGACAGUCGUCUGCUUUAAGAUGUCACCAGCUUAGACAUACCGGAGAGAAGCCCCACCAAUGUACUGAGUGUGGGAAGAGGUUUGCUGUUAAGAGUGGACUCUGGCGACAUAACAUAGUGCACACUGGAGAGAAACUCUACCAAUGCCCCAAGUGUGGCAAGAAGCUAGGAUCAUCUCAUUCUCUAGAGCAGCAUAAGCGAACACACACUGGACAGAAACCCUUCCACUGUUCCCACUGUAAGUUGAGCUUUGGCACUAGUUCAGCCCAGUACAAACACCAGAGAAUUCACACAGGAGAGAAACCACACAGCUGCAAUGUUUGCCAGAGGAGUUUUGGACGGUCAGAUCACCUGAAAAAUCAUAUGCAAAUUCACACAGGAGAAAAGCCAUACCACUGCUCUAAGUGUGAGCGGAGUUUCUCUAACAACAGAUCUCUGAAAGAACAUGAGGUCAGACACACAGAAGAUAAACCUCACUGCUGCUCCCAGUGCGGUGCUAGUCUGUCCUCUGCCAGGGCACUGGAAAGUCAUAUGCGGAUUCACACUGGAGAGAAACCGUAUGAGUGCUCUGAAUGUGGGCAGAAGUUUGCACAUAGAACCAAUCUUGGGAUACACCGAAGAAUACACACAGGAGAGAAACCCUAUCACUGCUCUGACUGCAAGAAGAGCUUUUCAAGACUUGCCUCUUUAAAGGAUCACAAGUUCACACAUUCAGAGAAGAAGAUGUACCACUGCUCUCAGUGUGAGUCGAGCUGCACAACGCAAGGCGCAUUGAAGAAACACCAGCUUAUACACACUGGAGAGAAGCCUUACCAUUGCUCCCACUGCGACAAGAGCUUCCUUCGGCAAUGUUCUCUCAAUGAACAUGAGCGUCUUCACAAGGGAGAGAAACCAUACUCUUGCUCAGACUGUGGGAACAACUUUGCUGCAAUGACAACCUUGCGAAUUCACCAGCGAAGACACACAGGAGAGAGGCCAUACCACUGCCCUUUCCCUGACUGUGGGAAAAGUUUUGCCCAGCCCUUCGCCUUUACAAUACACAAGAGAAGGCACACAGGAGAGAAGCCGCACCACUGUGAUCAGUGUGGGAAGAGUUUUUCUUCAUCAGAACUUAAAAUACACCAGCGAGUACACACAGGAGAGAAACCUUAUAGCUGUGAUCAAUGUGGGAGGAGUUUUAUUCGGUCAAGCUCCCUGAUAGUACAUCUGAGAAUACACACAGGAGAGAAACCUUAUAGCUGUGAUCAAUGUGGGAAGAGUUUUAUUCGGUCAAGCUCCCUGAUAGUACAUCUGAGAAUACACACAGGAGAGAAACCUUAUAGCUGUGAUCAAUGUGGGAGGAGUUUUACUCAGUCAAGCUCCCUGAUAGUACAUCUGAGAACACACACAGGAGAGAAACCUUAUAGCUGUGAUCAAUGUGGGAGGAGUUUUAUUCGGUCUAGCUCCCUGAUAGUACAUCUGAGAACACACACAGGAGAGAAAUCUUACAACUGCUCUGACUGCAGAAAGACUUUUGUUAAUUUAAUAGAUUUAAAAUCACACCAGAGAACACACACAGGAGAGAAAUCACCAUAUAGUUGUACUCAAUGUGGGAAGAGUUUUACUCGGUCAAGCUCCCUGAUAGUGCACCAGAGAACACACACAGGAGAGAAACCUUAUAGCUGUACUCAAUGUGGGAAGAGUUUUGUUGCGUCUUGCGAUCUGACGAAACACCAGAGAACACACACAGGAGAGAAACCUUAUAGCUGUACUCAAUGUGGGACGAGUUUUACUCGGUCAACCUCCCUGAUAGUGCACCAGAGAACACACACAGGAGAGAAACCUUAUAGCUGUACUCAAUGUGGGAAGAGUUUUACUCAGUCAAGCGCGCUGAUAGUACAUCUGAGAACACACACAGGAGAGAAACCUUACGACUGCUCUGACUGUGGAAAGACUUUUGUUAGGUUAAGAGCUUUAAAAUCACACCAGAGAACACACACAGGAGAGAAAUCACCAUAUAGUUGUACUCAAUGUGGGAAGAGUUUUACUCAGUCAAGCGCGCUGAUAGUACAUCUGAGAACACACACAGGAGAGAAACCUUACGACUGCUCUGACUGUGGAAAGACUUUUGUUAGGUUAAGAGCUUUAAAAUCACACCAGAGAACACACACAACACAGGAGAGAAACUUUAUAGCAGGAGAUAAAUGAUAUAGCUGUACUCAAUGUGGGAAGAGUUUUAUGCAGUCAAGUGGCCUUAUAGUACAUCUGAGAACUCACACAGGAGAGAAGACAUAUAGCUGUGAUCAUGUGACAAGAGAUACUCUGAUAAAAUAUCUCUGAUCAAACAUCAGAAAAUACAUACAUGAAGGAGUUGUUUCAUGAUAUCAAUGAAAUAAUGUCACAGUGUAGAAUAUUUAAACAUUGUAGUAGGCGUAUUUUAAUUAAUAUCACAAUGUAGAACCCUAAACGUUUCCCCCUGUUCAAUUUAUUUCAGCAUGAUAUGGAUAUUAGCCUCUGGGAAAAAUCCAGGCUCUGAAUUGAAAGAGUAUACAUGUGAUUUAACAAAAAGUGAAAGAAAAAAAAAGUUGUGUUACACUUACCUUGUUGGCAACCCACUUUAAUCAAAAUGCAACACUUCAAAAUGUAGCUAGCUGUUUUCUACAAAUUGUCCUUCAACCAGUGAUGUACACAUUAUUCCCAGAUUCCAUGUGGUGUUUGAGCUAUUCGUUUUAACAGGACGUGCAACCUCAUCUCCCCCCCUCUUGCGCAAUUGAUUUCAACAUGAUAUCGAUGAAAUAAGUGUUGCGUUCCUUUGUUUAGCGACCCAUAAAUGUAAAUGCAUCCCUCCAAAAUGUAGCUGACUGUCUUCUGCAGGUUGUCCUCUAACCAGUGAAGUAAAAGAUAUCUCCCAUUUCCAUGUGUUUUUUUAGUUGUGUUAGUUUCAACAGCAGGUACAACCUGAUCUCCCCCAUAAUCGAUAUCAGUGACUUAUUGUUGGUGCUUGUGCAGUUUAUAAAGUGUUUGUUUUAAUAUGAUUAUUGUGGCACAUUUGUGUAGAUAGUACAGUUUAGGUUUCGGUUUUCAAUAUAUCACAAACUGUUUUUGCAUAUUGGUUAUUGAUUUGGACAUGUUAAAACUGUGUUUUGACAUUGAGG